AUGGCUCCUCGUCCGAGUACUGGUGUUGACAAUGAAGUUACAGUAGGAACAAGAGAUUUCUCUCCGGCACACUUCUUGUUUCCGGCACACUUCUUGUUCAAGAUUGAGUCAUUCUCCCUGCUUUCAGAAAAUGGUAUUGACAAGUAUGAAUCAAGUGAAUUUGAAUCAGGUGACUACAAAUGGAAGUUGAUAAUAUACCCUAAUGGGCGAAACACAGAGGAUGGAGGCAAUCAUGUUUCUGCGUACUUGGUUGUAGCAGAUAUAAAUUCUUUGCCUAAUGGCUGGGAAUUUAAUGCCUUCUUCAGCAUCUUUUUGUUUAAUCACGAAUUUGACAAUUUUAUGUUUAUGAAAGGUCAACGACGUUUUCAUCUUAUAAACCCUGAAUGGGGCUUUUCCAAUUUCGUUGCGAAGGAAGAUUUGAUGGAUCCCACUAAUGGAUUCAUUGUUGAUGAUAAAUGUGUAUUUGGAGCGGAAGUGUUUGUCAUCAAGAGCAAAGGCAUUGGAGAAUGCUUGUCUUUGUUUAAAGUAACUGAUUCCUAUACGCGAGAAUUCAAGAUAUCAAACUACUCUGUAAUGGAAAAUCAAUGGUUUUCUGUGGAAUUCAUCACUGGAGAACAUAAAUGGAAGCUUUGUGUGGAUACGAAAGGAUAUGGUGAUCAAGAGGGGGACUGUGUUUCGAUAUUCUUGGAUGCGGUUGGUAUGGAAAGACAGUCGUCCUAUCAAAAACUGAAAGCGGAUUUCACCAUAUGCAUGAAAAACCAGUUUGAUGGUGCAGAUCGCAAGCAUCGUGACAUUAAUGGCUGGUUUUCGCCUUCUUGGCCCAGUUUGGGAUGGUCAAAUUUCAUUUCGAUCACUGACAUGAAUGACCCUAAGAAAGGAUUUGUCGUUGGAGAUAGCUGCGUCAUUGAAGUUGAAAUUUCUAUUAAAGCUGUUGUACGAAGUUUACCCUAG